CGAGCGCCUGCCCAGUUCAAAUGCCACCGCGCCCGGAGGGAGGCCUGCAGUUUAGGGAUCCCUGAGGGAGAGCAACGUCACACCUCCUGAGGACAGCCAGGAGGACUCUGGCUUUUGCUGAGCAUUGCAUCUUGCCUCCUUCCUUUCAAAGGCUCCAGACCCAAUCUCGGCUGUCCUCGAGUCCUGCGUGCCCUUGACCAGGCAUCCCACUGCCCCUCCAGCCCAGCCCAGCCCUGGAGCUCACCUCCAGGACCUGGAGCUUACCCUCCUGCCCAGAAUGACUCACCAUUAUUUCUAGCUCAAGUGAGAAGACGUGAUGGGGAAUCAGGCUGCCUGUUUGUGUAUCUAGGAUUCCUGCAGCAUCGGAUCAGUUCUGCAAGGAAGAGAGCUGCAGAUUCCUGCCUUGCCAGCCAAGCGGGGCUAUCUCUCUGGCUCUCAGAGAGACCUGGGGGCUCCCCUGCAGGAGCGCAGGCCAAUGCUGCUGUGUUUCCUGGGGCCGUAAGCAGCACCCUGAGCUCCCUGCCGCCAGGCAGCUAGAAGGCGUAGCGAGAGGCGCUUCUCUUGGUUCCAAUUAUGACAGUAGCCACCGGAGACCCAGUGGAUGAGGCCGCUGCCCUCCCUGGGCACCCGCAGGACACCUAUGACCCAGAAGCAGACCACGAAUGCUGUGAGAGGGUGGUGAUCAACAUCUCAGGGCUGCGGUUUGAGACCCAGCUAAAGACCUUAGCCCAGUUUCCAGAGACCCUCUUAGGGGACCCAAAGAAGCGGAUGAGAUACUUUGACCCUCUCCGGAAUGAGUACUUUUUCGAUCGGAACCGCCCAAGCUUUGAUGCCAUUUUGUACUACUACCAGUCUGGGGGCCGGUUGAGACGACCCGUGAAUGUGCCCUUAGAUAUAUUCUCUGAAGAAAUUCGGUUUUAUGAGCUGGGAGAAGAAGCAAUGGAGAUGUUUCGGGAAGAUGAAGGCUACAUCAAAGAGGAAGAGCGUCCUCUACCCGAAAAUGAAUUUCAGAGACAGGUGUGGCUUCUCUUUGAAUACCCAGAGAGCUCAGGGCCUGCCAGGAUUAUAGCUAUUGUAUCUGUCAUGGUGAUCUUGAUCUCCAUCGUCAGCUUCUGCCUGGAGACGUUGCCCAUAUUCCGGGAUGAGAAUGAAGACAUGCAUGGCAGUGGAGUGACCUUCCAUACCUAUUCCAAUAGCACCAUCGGGUACCAGCAGUCCACUUCCUUCACCGACCCUUUCUUCAUUGUAGAGACCCUCUGCAUCAUCUGGUUCUCCUUUGAGUUCUUGGUGAGGUUCUUUGCCUGUCCCAGCAAAGCCGGCUUCUUCACCAACAUCAUGAACAUCAUUGAUAUUGUAGCCAUCAUCCCCUACUUCAUCACCCUGGGAACAGAGCUGGCUGAGAAGCCAGAAGAUGCUCAGCAGGGCCAGCAGGCCAUGUCACUGGCCAUCCUUCGAGUCAUCCGGUUGGUAAGAGUCUUUAGGAUUUUCAAGUUGUCCAGACACUCCAAAGGUCUUCAGAUUCUAGGUCAGACCCUCAAAGCCAGCAUGAGAGAAUUGGGCCUCCUGAUAUUCUUCCUCUUCAUCGGGGUCAUCCUUUUCUCUAGUGCUGUCUAUUUCGCAGAGGCCGAUGAGCGAGAGUCCCAAUUCCCAAGCAUCCCGGAUGCCUUCUGGUGGGCAGUCGUCUCCAUGACAACUGUAGGCUAUGGAGACAUGGUUCCAACUACUAUUGGGGGAAAGAUCGUGGGUUCUCUAUGUGCAAUUGCAGGUGUGUUAACCAUUGCCUUACCUGUCCCCGUCAUAGUGUCCAAUUUCAACUACUUCUACCACCGGGAGACAGAGGGAGAGGAACAGGCCCAGUACUUGCAAGUGACGAGCUGUCCAAAGAUCCCAUCCUCCCCUGACCUAAAGAAAAGUAGAAGUGCCUCUACCAUUAGUAAGUCUGACUACAUGGAGAUCCAGGAGGGGGUAAACAACAGUAACGAGGACUUUAGAGAGGAAAACUUGAAAACAGCCAACUGCACUUUGGCUAAUACAAACUAUGUGAAUAUUACCAAAAUGUUAACUGAUGUCUGAUUGAACCCUAUUAACAUACUCACAGCUCAAUGGAACUAAUGCGGAUAUUGCAUAAUAGCCUGCAUUGUAGUCAGUGUGUUCUACAGUGUGUAUCUGGUUCUGCAUGGAAAGCAAUAGUCGUGCAAGUGACUUUUGAUCUUUUGAUUUUUGAUUUAGAACACAGAAUAUGUAUCCAUGGCUUUCAUGCAAAUCUUCAUCACCGGCUUAGGGGUUUCCAAAGAUGGGAGUCACCUAUGGAAGCCAGGAUUUCAGAAGGACACAUUGAGGCCACCUCAUAGCAAAUACAGAACCCACCACAUCAGUGUCACCUUUUCUUCCUAAUGAAAUGCACACGGCAUCUCGGAGAUGCAAUUCCCCCCCCCACCCCACUUGAGCCUACCUCCCCCUUCACAGAGGAAAACCACGGUAGCUUAGCUUUAAAGUUCUGCUAAUUAUUCGAAAGGUCUUUCCCAUUUUUGCAUUGAAAAGAACACACAGUGCUGUGUGUUGGAAUUACUUUCUGUGUCACAGGCUGGGGGUUUGUGAAUUGCAGUUGCCAAGCAGACGCUCCGGAGGCUUGUGUUUCAUAACGGAAAAGACUGCAUUUGGUUUUUUCUCUGCAAUGUCGAUGUGAGGGAAGCCCAGGGGAGGGACAGUUAGGAUGACCGAAUGUGAGUUGUCAAGUUUCACAUUUGCUCCCUUAGCCCUAUGGGGAGAAGGUAACAAACCAAGGGACCUCUCAGCUUCAGAUUUCACCAUUUUUGCAGGCUUCAGGGUCACAACAACAUGUCUGAUUUCUUCGUUACACUGGAGGUUGCAGGCAUCUGCUUUCCUAGUGCUGGGGCCCAGCUACACUGACACUGCAGUGAAAUUUACCAGUGAUGCGAUAGAGCUGCAUGGGUGUUUGUUGCAUGAAUCUCAAUAUUUAAAACACAGGAGAUAACCUAUUUUCUUCGUAGCCUACACAGUAUUCAUAUUUAGAGUAUUAAUAGCCUAGGAAUGGCAUUGAACGAGGGUUGUUUUUUUUUUUUUUCCCAUCAGAAGACAAAAGCCCUCAAUCAGGAGAAAAAAAAUAGACUGUUUGGGGUGGGGAACCAAAACUUCUGGCCCUCCAGCCCACCCCACCCCUCUUCUUCCAAAUGGGGGCACACAGCUCUGCAAAGCCGGGAAAGUGAGCAGGGAAAGCAGUGUCUAAACACCUCAAGUGACUGCACCUUAGGAAUUAACCUAGUCAUGGGCAUGACUGUAUAGCUGACUGGGGCAUCUCGUCCUGAGGAAAGGCGGAUCUGUGGAUCCAGUGUAUAUAAAUAUGUAUCGAGUAUCUCUUUCACGAAUUCCUCUACCUAGCUAGCUAUAGAAAAAAUUGCAUUUGAACCUUGUAUAAGCUUAUGCAAUAUUUUUGACACAGGGCAAUAUAUGCAUGUGUUUGACUAUGUGCACUAGAGUGUAUAUAUAUAUAUACACACAUAUAUAUAUAUUUAUAUAUACAUAUAUAUACAUACAUACGUGUGUAUAUGUAUAUAUGCACACAUACAUAUAUAGUCGUUCUCUGGAGUUCAGGUUCAGGAGCAAAUCCACUGCUUGGUGGGUUGGUUGUCUCAGAGGCCUAAUGGGUUAAUUUGUCUCAUUGGUCAUCCCACUGGGCCUAGGUUUGCUGCCAUUGCCUCAGACACUCCAGUCUUCAUGGAUUCUUAGAUGUUCGAAUUGUCUUUCUGCCCUCCAUGUGCUGCAGCUUCAGUUUCUCAUGGCUGAAGCUUGUCUUACUGAGUGCACAAGGGCCCUAGGGCCCUCACAGCUCCAGCUGUCCUGGGCCAGACCCAACCCAGGCCUCCUCUCUACAGCCCAUCAUCUUCAUCAUCUCCGUUCUCGUCUUUCCCCAACCUGUCCGGUUUUUAUUUAAGACGUAGAAUGUAUUUACCAAUAUAGAACAUACACAAGAGACCUACAUAUACCAUGAACGAAGACACAACCUGCAACUCUGUUGCAAAAUACACAAAAACAACAUGGUCAUUUGCCUCUGCAUCAGUCACUUUCAUGAAUCUUUCCCCAAAGAGCCAGAAUGGAUCACCUGCUUUGAAACCAAGGACACUAAGGAGGAGGGCUCCUGGGGACCCAAUUCCACAGGUCUGGGCUGAAAGGAAACCUCCUCUAUGUGGAAAUUUCUGAAGUUCAGGACCAAGGGAUGGAAUCCCUAGUUGAUCCACAGGCAUCAUGUUCUCUCAAGCUCUCUCCGCAUUAAACUGGCAACCAGGGCUGUUUAAGAAACCAAAGGCUGGGUAAAGAAUCAUUCCCCACCCCCAGAAUAGGCUGAGAGUGAAGGAGCACUGCAUAGCCUAAAGGUAGAGCUCAGCUGGCCCUGGAAUAGAUGGAGGUGGGGAAGCUUUUGCCUCACAAACUGGGCUUCUUUGCCUUUCAACAUAAUAGCUUAAAUUUCCCAAACACAGCGAGUUGUGUGGUCAGGCUGCCCAGCCAUGACUCCAGCCCCGGCCUCACUGUUGGCUCUUCAGCACCUACAGUUACCCUGGGGGGGUGGGGCACCAGCCCAGGGUGCUCACUAGUUCCUGGUCACCCACAUCCCCAGGGGUCUGCAGGGCAUCCCAGGCCCAGCGCAAAGCCUCUGUGCUUCUCUUCCUCUCCUAUAUGGGAGGUGGUGCUGCAUUUCCAAGACAUAGGGUGGAGGGACGCAGACCUUGGGAAAAUAGAUGGUAGAACAACCCAUACCUAAGGCCUAGGUUGUGGGGUAGAUAUUUUAUCCCAGUGUCCUUGACCUGGGACUAUAAAAUGUUCACCCACACCAGCACACAGACAUGCACACCCAUCACAAAAGAGACCUACAUUGUUGCCAUACACAAAUACAAAACAUGCACCACGUGUGCAAAAUACACAGAGAACCAAUUAAUGAAAAGGGCACUCAAAAGGUAUACGGUUAUACCUAUAUCCAAAACAUGCACACUCAGCACAGACAUGGAAUGUACUUACCAAUACAGAACAUAUACAAAUACCUACAUACACCACGUACAAACCUGCAACUCAGAUGCAAAAUACACAAAAAAUACAUGGACACAUGGGUAUACAUACAGAAUACACAAAAGAUACUUUACUAUUAUUUCUGCACACAAAAUACAAACUCGGUUUAUACACACAAUACAUUUAUUCAUAUUAGGUACACAAAAUACAGCACACACACCCAAGAACACACACCCACACCACACAUGAAAUGUGUACAUAUACUCAGAUCCAUUGUUCUGCCCCCAUAGCUAUAAAUUAAUAGGCAUAAACAAAAGAUCAGAUUUAAUCAUCUUUCCCUAGCCUGCGUCUCUCCCCCUCAAUAUCCUUCGGGAAAUCUCUUCCUCUAGUCUUUUCCCCCACCUCACUCCUAGAUUUCAGAAAAAUAA